UGUUAUUCUACAAUAUUCACAUAUUCGCGCAUGCGUUGCGUAUUAUUGCAUACACAAAUAUAUCACAAUCACAGUGGAGUGGAUUAAGGUUAUGUUUAUGUGUGUAAUGUUUUGUGAUCGGUAUAACGUUUAGUGUGAUUACAAUAUUCGGCAUUUACAUAUUAUUAUUUAGCUUUGAACUAAUAAACAAUAAUUAGUUAUAUUCUUUAACUACAAGGGACGCGAUGGCAUCUGAUGAAACGGAAACUAGCCUGUUGGUCAUCGUAGUCGAUGUAAAUCCUGCACAACGUAUUCUUGUGGAGCACCGUCACAAACUGACUCACUGCUUGGAUGCCAUCAUAGCCUUUGCCAACUCCCACUUGAUGCUAUGUACUACCAACAAGCUGGCUAUGCUGGCCUGUAAUGCUGAAAGCAGUGAAUUUGUCUUCCCGGACGAGAAUGCUUCAGUGGUGACGUGCCGGCAGCAGGAUGGGCAGUAUGAGCUAUUCACUCACACAGAACGCACAAUACGCCAAGGCCUGCAACGGUUUGUGUUGGAUAGUACACGGCAUACGCAUACACAGACUCUGGUAGCAGAAUCCCUGCUAGCAGGCGCAUUUACUAUGGCUCUCUGUUAUAUCCACAGGCUGGAGAGAGAACUGGCAGCUGGAAUCAAGAUGAAUUCUCGUAUCCUGGUGGUUACGGGUAGUGGAGACAGUGCAUCCCAGUACAUGAACUAUAUGAAUGUCUUCUUUACUGCCCAGAAACAUAACAUUAUCUUAGACGUUUGCAGCCUGGACCAGAACCUGGGAUUGCUACAGCAGGGAUGUGACAUAACAGGAGGACUCUACCUGAAACUGACAGUGGCUCGACUCCCUGGCCUCUUAGAGUAUCUUCUGUGGGUCUUCCUGCCAGAACCACCUAUCAGGAAGAAGCUGGUUCUGCCUCCUCCAGUCAAGGUCGACUACAGAGCAGCAUGCUUCUGUCACCGACAGUUGGUAGAUAUCGGCUACGUCUGCUCCGUGUGUCUAUCCAUUUUCUGCAAAUUCAGUCCCAUCUGCACAACAUGCCAUGCGGUGUUUAGGACUCCAGGAGCAUUGCCUGUAAAGCCAAAGAAAAAGAAACCAAAAAUGAGUUUGUAAGACAAGAAGAAAACUUAACAUAACUGUAUAUAUCUAAUUGUUAUUAUUUUACUAAAAAAAUAAAUCAUAUAAAUUAA